AGUCACUCGGCCGACAUGGAGGCGGGGCUGCGCAUGCGCGUUGAGAAGCGGUAGCGGUGGCUGCGGCGGCGGCAGCUGUGAGGGGGUUCCGGGAAGAUGGUGCUGAUUAAGGAAUUCCGAGUGGUUUUGCCAUGUUCUGUUCAGGAGUACCAGGUUGGACAGCUUUACUCUGUGGCAGAGGCCAGCAAGAAUGAAACUGGUGGUGGUGAAGGCAUUGAAGUCUUGAAGAAUGAACCUUAUGAGAAGGAUGGAGAAAGGGGACAGUACACACACAAGAUUUAUCACCUGAAGAGCAAAGUUCCUGCGUUUGUGAGGAUGAUUGCUCCUGAGGGCUCCUUGGUGUUUCAUGAGAAAGCCUGGAAUGCUUACCCCUACUGCAGAACAAUUGUAACGAAUGAAUAUAUGAAAGAUGAUUUCUUCAUUAAAAUCGAAACAUGGCACAAACCUGACCUGGGAACAUUAGAGAAUGUUCAUGGUUUAGAUCCAAACACAUGGAAAACUGUUGAAAUUGUCCACAUAGAUAUUGCAGAUCGGAGUCAAGUUGAGCCAGCAGACUACAAAGCUGAUGAAGACCCAGCGUUAUUCCAGUCAGUCAAGACCAAGAGAGGCCCUUUGGGACCCAACUGGAAGAAAGAGCUGGCAAACACUCCUGACUGUCCUAAGAUGUGUGCCUAUAAGCUGGUGACCAUCAAGUUCAAGUGGUGGGGGUUACAAAGCAAAGUGGAGAACUUCAUUCAGAAGCAAGAAAAACGGAUAUUUACAAACUUACACCGCCAGCUCUUUUGUUGGAUUGACAAGUGGAUUGACCUGACGAUGGAGGACAUUAGGAGAAUGGAAGAUGAGACUCAGAAAGAACUUGAAACAAUGCGUAAGAAGGGUUCCGUCCGAGGCACGUCGGCUGCUGAUGCCUAGAUGAGUCCCCUGUAGGUCAGAGACAUUAUCAAACUGUCUACGGAGCCAAGGUCAAGUGAGGGGAACAAGUGCAGCUAGUGACGAGUGAAGAAGCGACCAGCGUCUCGCAGUGUUGACGUUUCCGACGUGUGCCUGUGGUGAUGCACACACACGCACAGGUUCCCAGCUGUGUAUGUGUGUGUGUCUGUAGCUAUAUGUAGAACGCAUGUAGAGCUGCAGGUCCAGGUACACACAUGCGUAUGUAUAUAUGUACAUACAAACAUACUGAGGGAUUAUGACAAUCUCUCCCAAGUACUGUACUUAUCUUCAGCAAGAAUGAAAAGAAACUAUUUUCAGUAUAUAUACCUGGAGCAGAGUCUAAUAAUUAUCAGCGUGAUACCAUUGAUGGACAAAUUAACUGCGAUAUGAUGCUGGCUAGUAUGCUUCAUAAAUGUCAGGUGUGGACCAAUAUGUGUAGCCUUUGGUUAUUUCUUUGUUUUUUUUAAGUCAUCUCCACUUUUAUUUUCAUCCCAUAAGCAGCAGGCUCCUACAGAAAGAUUUCUACAAAUUUUUUUUUGGUAUUCCAGUGAAUCUCAAAUGUAUACUCCAGAUGUAUUUAUAACUAUUUCUGGAUGGUCACUAUCUCCCAGCCAAAUUUGAUAGUAUCAAGUAAGAAGUGAAAUUACUGGCCUCUUUUUACUAGUUUGCCCUCAGGAGUGGGAAAAUCCUUUUUAAAAAAUUUCGACUUUUUAUUGGAGUUUUAUAUUUUAAAUUUCAAGUAUUUUUCUACAUCAAACCUAGCAAAAACAGUGAUGACGGUUUGUGAUUUAUAUUAAACACUAGACAAUUUUAAACAAGCUGAUAAAGAAAUUGCAUAGUAUUGCAGGCUGUGCACAGCCCUUCUGUGGAGUAGUUUCUGGAAUGACUUUCCUGGAAUUGCAGUGUGGAAACUAUGCAGAUGGUCUGUAUGUCUCUCAGCUCACGGGAUAGUGGUGACCUUUUACCCUUUUCCUGUGCAAUCCAUGCCAGGGGGAGAGGCUGAGGAUGAGGUAGAAACGGUUUAAAUGUGGCACAAGCUGGCCGAACAAUGCUAAGGCCCAGCAAGGACCGACCCCCACCCCCCCAAAUCUUCGGGCAUGAGCAUCACAGAUGCAGUCAGAAGUCGCUGCCACCUUUCCUUUUUUGUUUUUUAAGGAAGGCACGGUAUCUAGGUAAGACUUUUCAUCAGCUUUCUCUGUCUGCCGGUUUUCUCCUGUAGUCCUAGAAGUGUAACUAGAAUCAUACUGCCGAAGCCAUACUCCUGAAGGUCACAAACUGCCUCUCUAACCUCCAUCCCUCCUAGAGUACACCAGCCUCUGGGACAGCGCACACUCAUACUCCAUUUGCUGAUGUUCCUGCCCCCCUCCUUCUCCUCUUUCCUCUUGUUCUGUGCCCCCCCCCCCACCGGAGCAAUGGCAGAGAAUCAGACAAUGAUGUCAGCACCAAGUCCCCCGUGUCCUAUGUGUCCUCAGGAUAAAGGUUGAUGUUUACUCUCUGGGCACUGUUGGGAGAUGGGUUUGGUCACAGUGUUAGUGGAAAGGUUAUUAACUUCGGGCACUGGAGAGCCUAGCCUCUCCUCCAUGAACCUAACUCCUGGGCAUCUAGUCUUCUUGGGAGCUGGGCACACAAGGAAAUAGCCCGCACAUAGACUCUAACAUGUUUUCCUAACAACUGUGGAGAUUGAGGGGAUGUGUGGUGAAUGUAAAAUACCUAGUUUACUUGGCAGUCUCUCGUGUAAAUUACAGUAAAACAAAGUAAAUGAAAUUGAAACAAAAAUAAAUUUGAUCACAGAAUGCUA